GCUCCCUUGAGGGACACCUGAGACCACCGGGGAAAGAAUCGAUUCAAAACCUCCAAGGUCGACGAACUGUUCGCGAAAGCUGAGAGGAGCCGCGCGUUCACGUGGUGGGCGUGCUGGGAGAGAGGGUGUCACUGCCGUGCGACAUGACGCCCAACACGACCGACGACGAGGUGUCCCUGGUGCUGUGGUACAAGGACGACUCGACCACGCCCAUCUACUCGUGCGACGCGCGCCGCAGCCACCUGUCGCAGGCGCACCACGCGCCUGCCGACUGGCUCGGCCACCGCGCGUACCUGCGCCUGGCCGGCGAGUUGGGCCAGGCAGCCCUCGAACUCUACCCCGUGCACGAGGAAGACGAGGGCCUCUACCGGUGUCGGGUGGACUUCCGCAAGGCGCGCACCAGGAACUACGAGGUCGUGCUCAAGGUCAUCCUGCCUCCCAACGAACCCAUCAUCACUGACCAGAAUGGGGAAAUCCUUCCGAGCAAAAGCAUCAUCGGGCCAUACAACGAGGGGGAUCGUUUGCUGCUGGUUUGUCAAGUUGAAGGAGGCAGUCCUCCGCCGGUGGUCACGUGGUGGCGCGAGUCGUUCCUGCUGGACGACCAGUACAACGUGACCUCUCAGGGGAUCUCGAGAAACGAGCUGCUGCUUCCCUCGCUGGGACGCAACGACCUCAUGGCAACCUUCACCUGCUUGGCCACCAACAACAACAUCUCCUUCCCGGUGUCCGCCAGCGUCACGGUGGACCUCAACUUCCGUCCGCUCUCCGUGUGGAUCGAGGGCGAGCAGCGACCGCUGUCGGCGGGCAAGCCGGUCACCCUGCGGUGCCGCUCGGCGGGUUCCAGACCCCCCGCUGUGGUCGAGUGGUGGAAGGCCGGCGUGCGAAUGAACGCCACACAAGCCAACGGCACCAGCGCGCUGACUUUCGUGCCCGUGAGCGAAGACUCGGGCAAGCAGCUGUCGUGCCACGCCGAGAACCCACUCAUCGCCGGCAGCGCCAUCGAGGACGGCUGGAAGCUCGAAGUGCAUUACGUGCCACAGCUGAACCUCCGUUUGGGCAGUAAGCUUCGGCACCAGCACAUCCAGGAGGGCAACGACGUGUUCCUCGAAUGCGACAUCCGGGCCAGCCCGUGGGUCACGGAAAUCGGCUGGCGGUUCGAAGGCCGCGACCUGGCCACCAACACGUCGGCCGGGCUCAUCGUCAGCAACCAAUCACUGGUGCUGCAGAAAGUGAACCGCCUAGCGCGUGGCCGCUACACCUGCACCGCUACGAACGCAGAGGGCAUUGGCGAGAGCAACCCCGUCAACCUGAGGGUCCGAUUUGCGCCGACGUGCAAGCCUGGCCAGAAGACGGUGUACGGCGCGGCCCGGAAGGAGGCGGUGCGCGUCAGCUGCGAGCUGGAGGCCGACCCAGCGCAGGACAUCGCGUUUCGGUGGCGCUUCAAUGCGUCGCAGCAAAUGCUGGGCUCCACCAACGUGAUGAGCGAGGGAACGCGCAGCUGGGCCACUGUGGUGCCGCAGACGGACGAGGACUAUGGAGCGCUGCUCUGCUGGGGCAAGAAUGGCAUCGGCAUACAGCGCGAACCGUGUAUCUUCACGCUUAUUCAGGCCGGACCUCCCGAUGCGGUGCAGAACUGCUCGGUGCAGAACCAGACCGAGGACUCCGUGGCCCUGGCCUGCUCGGAGGGCUACGACGGCGGCCUGCAGCAGCGGUUCCGCCUCGAGCUGCACGACACCGCCCGGCGGCGGCUGCGCGCCAACGUGAGCUCGGCCGAGGCGCCCGCGUUCGUGGCGCGUGGCCUGCCUGCCGGCACCAGCUUCGUGGCGGCCGUGUACGCGUUCAACUCACGCGGCCGCUCCCAGCCGACGGUGCUCGUGGUCAGCACGCUGCCGGCGCCCGUCAGCCUCACCCGGAAAGAGGGUGUGUGGCAGCUCAACUUUAGCCCUCUCCUUGCGGCACUCAUAGCGGUCAUCGGGGGCCUUGCAGUCAUCGCCAUCGCCAUAGUCAUCGUCAUGAAGUUCAGGGACCACCCUGACGGCAACAAAGUGCAAGAACGACUGAAGAAGGAUGAAAAAUGUCACAUGCCACUUCAAAAAGACACUGACGACACCACGGACAUUUUCCAUGACGAAGAAAAAUGCCCGGAUAUUAUCCCAGAUGUACGAAUGGGAGAGACAAUCGCAGGCCCCGUCUUAGAGAGCAGCUUCGGUGGCGCUACAAAGUCAUGGGAGACGCAGCACUUUGGCUCCAUCAGCCGAGUUGCCUACCACAUGAACCCGGAAUGGGGCUCUCCUUGCGCCGCGCGGGAAAAGGACACCAUCCUGUUGACACCGCUUCAAGAGUACUCCGCUUACUCGGAAAGCAGCAAGGAGUUUGACAAGGCACUGUCUGAGCAGUCAAUGGGACAGCUAACUAGUUUCAAGCCACUGGCCACUGGCAACUGAAUCUCGGCUGUGACUAGCAGAUACAGCCGCAUUGAGUCGCAGCUGGACGCAGCAACACGCUGUCAUCGAGGCCCGGCCUGCACUCAGCGUGAAGAGCGGCCGACCCGUGAAAGUAGGGUGACCGGCCGACCACAGCGGCAUGGUCGCGGUGCAACUAGCCGGCAGAGUUUAGCGCUCCAGCUGAAACAAGGCUGUCCUUGCCGUACCAUGCAAACUGCGGUUGGUGCAAGACUAUAGGAGGAACGACGGCGAUCUCUUACUUUCCUACGUCGACGAGAGGAAUCUGCAGUGACAGCAAGUGACUCUUCCCUUCUGCAGAACAGACGGCCACUCGAUUCCGCCAACCCCUCCUGUGCAUAGCUUUCUUUCUGUUCCUCGCUUGACACCGGAACACGAGUUCAAAACUUGCCAACAGACAUCGGAAGGGUGUCUUGUCACAACUAUUCUCACUUAUUGAUAUUGUAAAGCAACUGUCACAAUAAUAUCUGCAUUUAAAGAAUGCAAACGUCCUUUCUUUGGGAUGAUAUGUGCUAAAACGUAACUUGAAGGCCAUGCAAGCCCGCAAAUCCUUUUGCAACAAUGAAGCACCUUUUAACAAGAGAGUUUGGUUAUACAGCAUGGCGGAAUAAAUUUAAAACUGCUAGGAGCCACUCUUAUCGACUAGUUUCGGAUACUCUUGCAGCAAUUGCAAGAGAGAAACUCGAUAUAUCCUGAGUCUCUCUGCGGGUCUUUUUCAUGACUGAAAUUGCAAUCUAUUAAUAUCACCA